UCCGUUUUCUGCAAGAAGGAAGUAUUACAAAUGCAGUUGUUUGAGCAAGACUGGCAUUACUUUUUGGUUGGAAUUACAAAUACUGUAUGGUGAUGGCAUUACAGUAACUGUACUUUAUUCCAUAAAGAAAUUCUCCACUGAGGGACAAAUAAAGGUAUAUCUGGACUGGUUUUACACUUAGACAAUCCUGUACGACCCUAACAUGCAAGUUCAGUUUGAGAUCCAGCACACAUGGGAUAGCAGGCCCGUCAAUCAUGACCCCAUAAGGAUCCUCUUCUCUCCUGGUGUUGGAGGGAUGAACAUGAAGGUUUCUGCUCCCUUCUUUAAUGAUCCAGAGGCUCCAGCAGGGCCUCCAGGCCAGCCCUUCCCUGGGCUCUGGGAUUAUGAAGUUGUGGAGUCCUUCUUUCUUGACAGUACAACAGAAAAUUACCUGGAGGUGGAGGUUUGUCCACAUGGUCAGCACUUGAUAUUACUGCUGUCAGGCGUGGGCCAAGCAUUCCUGCAACAAUUACCCAUGGUUUUUAAUGCUACAACAACAGGAGACAGAUGGAUGGGUGAGGCUUUGCUGCCCUGGACCUACUUUCCUCCUAAUGUGAACAAGAUGAACUCUUACGCCAUCCAUGGCUCUGGAGAGAGGCGCACAUAUGAGGCGCUCUACCCCAUCCCAAAGGAAGAGAUAGUUGAGGGCCAGAAGCCCAAUUUUCACCUCCUCAAGUAUUUUGGAAAUUUCCGACUGCAAAGCAUCAUGGGAGAAGGCUGGAUCCAGCCUGAGUCUGAUCUUUGGAAGGGGAAGCCCUGAGUCAGGCACAAGUGCCUGCAGUAAUAUUUACAUUGUCUUUCACCAAACAAAUUGAGUUUUUACUCUCAUUAUGUUGAUGGUUAAUGUUCUAUAAAUGGGGGUUUUAUAUGAAAGAUUGAUUGAUUAGUCCUCAGGGGAGGCAAGGCUGUUUUUCUCCAUCUGAGAUGCCAAAAUAGAUAGCUGGGAAUGGGCGGGAAUUAUCAUCAGAAUUGAAUUUCCCACAGACAAAUACAGUAUAUGACAAGGAUGUUUACAAGGAUGUUCUAUUGUAUGUAUAUUUUCAAAGAGUUAGUGAAAUUCCAUCAAUUUUCUGUAGCGUUUGUCCUCACUAGAAUCAAGGUAUGCUGGAGCCUACCCCAGCUGUCUUUGGACGAGAGCCGGGUAACACCUUUGGACUGGACAGAAAUGGAAAUUCCAUGGUUGAAAUUGCUUAAUUAUUGAGGUGUCAAGUUUGUAUUAAGUGGCUCUGAUAUGAAGUGUAAUUGCAUCCAGGAAAAUGAUUUGCAGUGGAAGUCAUUGUUGCUAUUCUGUUUGCCAAAUAAACAGUAAACAGUUUUGCUAUGCAGAUGAUAUUGAUCUAGUACAGGAACUUCAGUAACAACAACAACAAUCGUUACCGUGAGUGCCCUCCUGCAUCAUACAUGUUAAUCAGCAUUGGAAGUGCCAUGAACGCCUUUUGUAUUGCUUUGAAACACCUGCAAAGCAAGAAAAUAGCCUAUAGUUAUGACUCAACAUGAAUAAAACCAUCAUUAUACAUUCAUUAUGUACUGAUACCCUGAAAUCUCGUGGUGUCAUAUACUUAUUUGUAUUUACUUAUUUGUAAAAAUGCACUGCACAAAAAGCAAUUGUACCAUUUAAACUUGAAGCAUACUGAUUUCAGCAACAGUAGUAUCCAUACUACAAAGUUCUUGUCAAUCAUUAGUCAUACCUGUUGUGAAGAUGUAGUUACACGUUGCUCAACCUCAGUCAGACGUCUCUGGAGGCGACUGGUCUUCUCUUGAAAUUCUGCUAGCUGUCUCUCAUACUGCACAAACACACAAUAUACAAUCAGGGAGAAUGUCACCAUUCUGACUUUUUUUGAAGAAUACUGUACUAUGAAAUGAUAGUCAUCAUUCUGGCAAGUAAUAAA